UUCCUUGAAGAUGCUGAGAACUUGGUUGCUGCAUUUCUCAAAGGGGUUUCCUUAAACCGCGUUGCUUAGCCUUUUUAUUUCUUUGCAAUAUUUGCAGCAGAAUCUAACCAGCUGAAAAUGCAAAAGCAGCUAUCAUUUGCAAAAACAGUGCCAACAAAAUUUUCCAUCUGAUUAUCUUGCUCCUUGUAGAGUAAUUCUUGGAAGUUUUAAGUAAAUGGAUUCAAGCCUUUUUGAGGCGAUUGCUAAAAAUGAAAGACGCACUUUUAUGAAUUUAGUUCGCGAUAAUGGAGAAAUUCUCCAACAAAGAACGGCUAAAACAUUACACACGCCACUGCACCUGGCCUCAAGAUUUGAUAAUAUCGACUUGGUCACAGAAAUUAUCAAGCUGUGCCCUGACAUGGUUACAGCUGAGAAUAGCAAGCUGGAGACUCCAUUGCAUGAAGCUUGCCGUCAGGGGAAUGUCAAGGUCUUACCGCUGCUAUUGGAUGCCAGUCCUUGGGCAGCUUGUAAGCUUAAUUCUGACAACCAGAGUGCAUUUUACCUGGCUUGUAGUCAUGGGCAUCUCAAUGUGGUCAAGCUCCUUUUGAGUAAGCCUUGGGUGCAGGGGUUGGAAGAAGAUAGCUUUGUUCAAAACAGCCUUCAUGUUGCUGUUUCAAGAGGAUACACAGGUAUUGUUAGGAAGAUUUUAGAGGUGUGGCCAGACUUUCCUCAAAAGAUUGACAGGAAUGGUUAUUCACCACUGCACUGCUCUUGUCAUAGAGGGAACGUGGAGAUAACGAGAAUGCUCCUAAAAGCUGGUGCAGAACUUGCUCUGGAAUUCAAUAAUGAUGGUUACACACCUUUGCACUUGGCUGCGAUGAAUGGCAACACUGCAAUUCUAAAAGAAUUCAUGUCUAUGGCUCCAACAUCUUUUCAGUGUCACACAAAGAAUGGAGAGACCGUUUUUCAUCUAAUUGUGAGAUACAACCACUAUGAUGCUUUCAAAUACUUGGUGCAUGUUUUCAAUGAUACCAAUAUCUUCCACUGCCCAGAUCAAUAUGGUAACACCAUCUUCCAUAUUGCAGUCUCUGGAGGUCACCAUCAGAUUGUGGAGUACUUAAUCAACAAAACAACAGUGGAUUUCAGUUACCAGAACCAUAAGGGACUCACAGCACUUGACAUCUUUGACCAGGCCAGUGGAAAUGUGCACAUAAAACUGAUCCAGCAGCAAGUAGAAAAAAUUUGUGAAAUUCAGGAUAAUAACACGUCUGAACCGGAGUGCUCGUCCAAGCAGACUAGUAAUUCCCUGACUAGUACCCUGACCAGUUUUGGGCAACAGAAACAUCUCAGUGAAAGACGACAGGGAGAACUAGCAGCACUUUAUAGAAGUCGUCAGAGUAAGCAAGAUGAGAUAUAUAGUGAGGCAGUUCAGAAUGCCAGGAACACAAUUACACUAGUGGCUAUUUUGAUUGCCACAGUUACAUUUGCAGCAGGUAUAAGCCCUCCUGGUGGCAUCUAUCAGGAGGGACCACUCAAAGGAAAGUCCAUGGUGUGCCAAACAACAGCUUUCAAGGUAUUUACAUUAAGCAAUAAUAUCGCAUUGUUCACAUCUCUAUGUAUUGUUGUUGUUCUAGUCAGCAUCAUUCCUUUCCAAAGAAAACCUCAGAUGAUGAUACUGAAGGUUGCUCACAAGGUCAUGUGGGUGGCAGUGUCAUUCAUGGCAACGGCUUAUUUUGCAGCAACAUGGGUCAUCAUUCCCCAUGUUAAGGGAACAGAUUGGAUGUUUGUAGUUUUACUGUCAAUUGGUGGAGGGACUAUAGGCACGUGUUUUCUUGGGUUAACUGUUAUGAUGAUAGAACAUUGGCUUCGAAAGCAGAAAUGGAGAAAAGAGAGAAAGAAAAGCAGUGACAGACUUGCAAGCAUCAGGAUGCAAACCCUACAUUCAUUCAAUUCAGAUGUUGAGAGUUCCUACCAUCAAGGAUAUCACUCAUACUAAAAACUGUCACCACUCCCCCCCUCUUGUUACUUUAAUUAAAGAUAUGUAGCAUUGUCUUUCUUAAUGCCUUUAAGAAUCUUGUAUUUCUAGCCAAGAAUAUAAAUUGAAUGCAAAAUUAGUA